AUGAUUGACGCAUUUCUACGUCACAACAUCUACGAUGGAUUCCGUGAUGCUAUCGCAGAAGCCGCAUAUACUCCCACACCAGCGGAUCUGAAUUAUCCGCCUGUGAAGAAGCGUACAAAGCUCCACACUGCCACUCAGAAAUCCAAGUCCCUAAUUACGGAUCUCUCCACGCACCCGGAAUAUUGGAAGUCUGAGGAGAAGCUAGCCGAGUUAUACGAAGAUCUGCUCUCGCUCCUCCACAAUAUUCAGACCCAACGCAACACUAUGUCUGAUCUAAUUAUUCCGCACGUGCUGAACCCGAUCGAGGACAACAAGGAGUUCGUUGAUAUUCUGGCUCACUACAACGUCACCAUCAACUAUAUUAAUAUUAAGCUGAUCUGCGCAACUGCUACAGCAGAGGCAGCUACCGGAUUCCUUACGUUAAAGAAGAUUGAUUCCGCUAUUGCACGACUCCAUAACAUCACACUCGAGUCGUCACUACCAGCUGAGUCAAUCGAUCUCAACGAUAUUCCGACUAUCGAGGACACGCGCGCAGACCAUAGACCAACAAGGACAGUUCGCACAGUACGCGCAGUUGCAGUCAGCCUUUCUCUAUCAGCGCACUCGGACAAGCGCAAGCAGAAACCAGCGAAGAAUUCUCCAUCUCCCAGCUCUUCGCGCAGGCAGUCAUCUCAGAGACAAGAGAAGCAGCCUACUCCCGAUCUGGUCUGUCACUUCUGCAAGGCCACCGGCGCACACUUCAGCGCAGGUUGUCCCAACAUCAAGAGUCUGUCAGAUCGCGCCAUCACCGCAGUCUCUGAUGGCAAAUGUCUGUAUUGUCUGAAAGCGCACUCGCCCGGAUACUGCAGACGAGAUACUCCUGUCGUCUCUGCGAUUCUACUGAGCACCAUCCGGCACUGUGCCCCUACAGUCACUACAUAG